AUGACUGAACUUGUACGAAAGCGUUCUAUACAUAUACGUGAUGCAAGGAUAGCAGGACUCUAUGAUUUGGAACAUACCAUUGGUCAAGGACAUUUUGCAGUAGUUAAACUAGCACGUCAUGUGUUCACAGGGGAACGGGUUGCUGUUAAAAUUAUUGAUAAGUCGAAUCUAGAUAGUGUUUCAAUGGGACAUGUUAUGCAGGAGGUGAGAUGUAUGAAACUAGUACAACAUGCAAAUAUUGUGCGGCUUUAUGAGGUUAUCGACACUAAUACGAAGUUGUUCCUUAUUCUUGAAUUGGGCGACUAUGACAUGCACGACUUCAUAAUUAAACAUGAAAAUGGUGUCGAAGAAUCUUUAGCUCAGCAGUAUUUUUGUCAAAUUAUAACCGCUAUAGAUUAUUGUCAUCGCCUCCACGUUGUUCAUCGUGACUUGAAGCCAGAAAAUGUGGUUUUCUUUGAAAAACUCGGAAUGGUGAAGUUAACCGAUUUCGGGUUCUCUAACCUUUUUGAGCCUGGUGAACAAUUACGUACAGCUUGUGGUUCGCUUGCUUACUCUGCUCCUGAGAUCCUUCUCGGUGAUGCUUACGAUGCUCCCGCAGUAGAUGUGUGGUCUUUGGGAGUUAUUCUUUUUAUGUUGGUAUGUGGACGAUUACCUUUUCAAGAAGCGAACGACUCGGAAACUCUUACUAAAAUACUCGACUGUCGAUAUAAUACUCCAGAUCAUCUUUCAAACGCUUGUAGAAAUCUUAUCCAACGUAUGUUAGUAAGAGAUCCAUCAAAGAGAGCAAGUUUGGCUGAAAUCGCUUCGAAUGCGUGGGUCAUGGCAGGUGAUCGAGGACAUGCUGCGAUGUUACCUCUAAUUGUCAAGCAUCAUUUACCCCAUUCUGCCCAUACAACCAUAAUAGAACAGAUGGUGGCAGGAGGAGUUGGAUCAGAGGAAGCCAUACUUAGAGCUCUUGAAAAUGACGAGUAUAACUCCAUGACAGCCACCUACUAUCUUCUCGCUGAACGCAUAUUAGCCACCUGCAGGGAAGAACAAGCUAAGGAAUUAAUGGCUAGAGAAGGGUCUGGCAUACCCGAUGAAGAGUUACAAGACAGUGAAUCUCGAUUACCGGGAGCAACUCCUUCGGUAGGCUCGCGUUGCCGUAGCAGAUCGAAUUCCUGGCGUGCUCGUCCGUGUACAAUUCUCAAAGAGGAGAGCGAAGAGGAGUUGUGCUCGUACCUGCGCUCAAGUCGUCAUAGUAAUCGUUUUCCAACGAUACACACUCCAUGUAUGUUCACACAGCUGCACGUGAAGCUUCGCCAUUGCUUACUUCAGGUUGAACAAGAAAUUCGUAAUGACGUGGCCCGUAACUCGCUGAUCACUAAAGCUCCUCAGUUCGAUGACCUAUCUCCCAUAGCCGAGUACUGCCCUCUCACAGAAUCUCCAAAUGUCAGUGAUACGAAAAAUGACACUUCUGAGUUGGUUGUCGCACAACGAAGAGCGAUGUUUGCACGUACGCUAUCUUGUGGAUCCGGUAACACUGCUCGUGCGGAGUUUAUGGAUCCUGCACGCAGGAACUCAUCUCCUUCGAUUUCAAUGUUCAGUGGUACCCGUGAUCGCGUAAGUCCACAAGCAGUACAAGAUCUCAUGGAACUAUGUCGAUUAGGUAAACUGCUGCAAUUAGGUCCGGUGGUGGUCGACGUGCUGUCAGUCCAGAGAGCAUCA